UUAUCAGCUGUUUAAUGAAGAAGCAGAUAGACCCAACACACCGUAAUAAGUUGUUAGCCCUGACCAAAUGCUAUAAAACACAUAUAUAUUGUUCCUUUUUAUUUAAAGACUGCAAUAUAUUGGUUGCUCACCUUGAUCCAUUAACAUAGCAAGUUCCCAAGAGAAUGGCCCACGCCACAUCACAGGGCCCUAAGCUUUUAUAUGGCUUUAAACGGCCCAAUCGCUUUGAGAAGGGGCUGGGUGCCCAACUGCCCGAAGCCUACAGGAAAUUCUGGCGUGAAUGGAAACUGACGACUCCGGCAGCUGUGCAUUAUAUUCCCAAGGAUGGUCAGUGGGAGCGUGACGAAGUCACGAACGAGAUCAAACCGAUCCAGAAUAUACCACUGCCACUAAUUGAUCCGCCGGAAUCGCAUGAGGGCAUCUGGGGUGGUGAAUCCGUUAUCAAGGGUUUUCAGAAGAGGCAGCAGACCAAGCGACGCGUUCCUCACUUCUGGGUUCCUGUGCUCAAACGUUCAGUGGUGCACAGUCAGGUGUUGAACGAAUAUAUGUCCGUGGUGGUCACAGAACGCACGCUGGUGCAGAUACACGAAUGCUUUGGCUUCGAUCAUUAUCUUCUUAAGAAUUUGGCCUGUGAUCUACGUUCCUCACUGGCUCUGAAGUUAAAGCGUAAGAUUCUGCAAGAGUUAGAAAAGGGUUGCCCGGCAUUGGCAGCCGAUCCAGGCCAUCAGAAGGAAGUUCUAAAGGAAUAUAGCCGAUACUUGGAGUCGUAUACUUCGGAGGAAAUUGAUUGGUAUGGUCAUACAUAUCUAGAAGCCAUUCGCAAGCUGCAGAUUCAAUUGAAAGCAGAGGAAAAGGUAGUGCCACACAAGGUCGAAUUUCGCAGCCAAUUGAUUGAGCAACUGCGCAAGGCUGGUAUCGCCGAGGCGGGUGGCUCAGAUGCAAGUGCCACAAAAGACGCUCAACCCAGUGCUGAGCAUAAGGAUGCGGAUAUUGAGGCACUGACCAAACUUGAAUCGUCGCCGUCGUCCUCCAGCUGGCUGUCGAAGAUUAACCCGUUUGGCAAAAAGGAGACAUAGGUGACAUUACUUUGUGUUCCUCCCCUUUGGUAGUCCACUCUGUUUUCUUGGUUUAAUUGUUUUGAUUGGAAAAAAUAAACCACGACCUUAAACGUGAAAUCAACUUA